GGGCUCGCUGGCGGCGACGACGAGAGCGAGGCGAGCGAAACGCGGCGAACAACCGAAACACUGUGGCAUUGGCAAUGGCAGCGCUUGUAGCCCGCCUUCAGUGUGUGAGUCGCGAUAAACGCGAGCGAAACGGGCGGCGCAACUGAAGACCGCGCGUACCGACCGACACACGCACACCACCGCACCACAUACCAUAUACAUAUACGGGCCAAGAGAGCGCAUGCUCUCCGCCACACACACGUUUCUCGCCGUUUCUCCGCUUUGUGGCGCCGCGCGAGUUUUGUCGCAGCAGCAAACACGCAAUAAAAGUUCAAAAACAGUUGAAGUAUACCGCGACGCGAGUAAAAAUCUUUCCUUCGACGUCGUCGCUGUCCGUUGUAGUAGUUGUUGUUGUUGCCGUUGUUUCUAUAGUGUGUUCCGUUCCGCGAAUUUUCAUGUGCAUUUAUAUAUAUGACUAGCCAAAAGGUUCUCUGCCACAGUUCGGCACUUCAACUAUGAAAUAUUUGCUAUUCGUGCGAUCCGACUUGUUUGGGAAUAGGAAAAUAAACAACAGUGAUACUAGCUUUAAAUUUCAUCCUGGAUCGCGCCAAGGCUCGAGACUAAUUUACUCUUGCGACGACAAUCAGUUGUAUUGCAAAAACAAGAAACUCACAAAUGGGGACACAACAUACACGUGCCGCAUCCAGAGCUGCAAAGCGCGAGGAUGAAACUCGCGUCUUCUCCUGUGAGGAUCAUAUCCGCCAUAGCCAUGGAGAUAAAGAAAAUCAUUGCGAUCGAAGAAAUCAAAAACAGGUGCAAGCUCACUAGCACAGAUUUGAAACAAAUUUUCAACGAAGUAAUGGAAGAAUACACUCAGGAGGGAGAUGAAACUGAAAUUUCCUACAAUAAUUACAAACGGACACUGCAACGCAAAAGAAUGCAAUUUGGAAAACAAAAAAUUCGAGAAAAAUGUUUUUCGAAAACGUCGGUUACGUGACCCCGAGUCAAAAAAUAAUGGAUGGAGCGAUUUAUUCCACAAGCGAGAUAUUUUGCAUUGGUGGGGUUAAUAAUAAUAACUUCUAAGAAGUUGCAAAACCAAAAUCCCCCAAUUCCCAUGAAAUGUAUUUACUUACAUAUAAGACUGAACUUAAUGUAUGCUUUUCUUAAACAAAAUAAGAAUCUCCUAUGUAUAUUUCGUAAAAAGCUAUGAGCAACUAAGAAAAUAAUGUAUUCUAGGCUGCGUAUAAAAGCCAAGUGACCCAAAAAAUUGUAAAAGCAAUGAAAUAAUUAAAAAUGACUGCCUAUACAUAAUUAAAUGAAUGGAAUUCUAA